AUGUCGGCGUUAGAGAACAAUAUGGAUCUUGCGCAGCGACCACCUUACGACACCGUCGAUUUCAAGGCCCUCACCAAGAGCGACAAGGUAUUCAAACAACUAUGGCAGCGAACGUCUGGAAAAUUGGAUUUCCAAGACCCUGAGACUGCCCAGGUCCUAUCAAAAGCUAUCCUGAGAGUCAACUUUGGCCUCCAACUAGACGUGCCAGAUGAUCGCUUGUGCCCACCAAUUCCCAAUCGCUGGAACUACGUAGCCUGGCUGCAUGGCCUGAUUGACUCGACAUCACCAGACUAUUCCGGCAAGUACGACCCAAAUCGUCACGUUCAAGGCCUGGACAUUGGUACCGGGGCUUCCGCCAUAUACACUUUGUUGUGUCUGAGAUCACGUCCAAGCUGGUCAAUGUGCGCAACGGAUAUCGACAAGAAGAGCUUCGAUUCCGCAGCUCGCAACCUCGCGCUAAAUAACUUCAUGACACGUACCAAGCUACUCCAAACCACCGAGUUGAACCCAGUGAUACCACUGGCAGCCCUUGGUGUAGACCGUCUUGACUUCACCAUCUGCAACCCACCCUUCUUCACCGACGUGUCCGACAUGCAGUCCAGCUUGAAGGGUGAAGGAAAGAGCUGGAAGCCCAACGCCGUAUGUACUGGCUCAGAAAACGAAAUGGUCUGUCUCGGUGGCGAUCUAGGCUUCGUCACGAAGAUGGUCAAUGAGAGUCUUGUUUUGAAGGACAAGGUGCAGUGGUAUACUAGCAUGUUGGGCAAGAUGGACAGCGCCAAGGCUAUCAUCAAUCUUCUGAAGAAGCACGGCAUCACCAAUUGGGCGGUUGGCGCUAUAGAGGUUGGAUCAAGCACCAAGCGAUGGAUCGUUGCGUGGAGCUUCGGCGACCUCAGACCAAGAAACAGCCACGCGCGUAUAGAACGAAUGGCCAACGAGUACCUCCCGUUCCCAACAUCGUAUCCCAUCGCCCUGCCACCUGCAGUCGAACCUCAGGCUGCCAAAGAUGCUAUCAACACCCAACUCGAAUCGAUUGACCUAACCUGGACCUGGGAUCCUCUUACAUCUACCGGUAUCGGAGAAGCCAGUCAAAACGUAUGGAGCCGCUCCUAUCGCCGCGCAUAUGAACGUAAACAGAAGGAAGGACUUGUCGAUAUGAAGGAGGAUUCCGCACGAAAGAUUGAGCUAGCCUUUCGUAUUCGGGUUGUAGACCUGGCGCGGGAAGUCGUUGUUGAGUGGCUGAGAGGCACGGACCAGGUGUUGUGGGAGAGUUUGUGCGGCUUGAUACACCGUCACUUCAAGAAGUCCUGA